AUGCUAUUUGGUAAGAUGUUGUACCUGACUAUGAAAAGGCCAGACAUAGCCUUUUGUGUUCAGACAUUAAGUCAGUUCCUUCAGGAUCCUAAGAAGUCUUACAUAGAAGCAACACUUAGAGUUGUGAAGUAUGUUAAAAAUCAACCAGGUAAAGGUGUGCUGUUGUCUAGUAAUGCAGAUGACAUAAUAAGUGCCUAUAGUGAUGCAGACUGGGCAUCAUGCCCCCAGAAGAGAAGUUCUAUAACAGGCUACUUUGUGAAGGUUGGAGAAUCAUUAAUUUCCUGGAAAUCAAAGAAGCAAACUACUAUCUCCAAGAGUUCAGCAGAAACAGAGUUUAACAGUCUUGCUGCAGUCACAACAGAGUUGGUUUGGAUCCUAGGCUUGAUGAAAGAAGUUGGGAAUGAAGUAGUUCUACUAGUAGAUUUAUUCAGUGAUAGCAAAUCUGUUCUGCAAAUAGCAGCAAAUCCAAUAUACCAUGAGAGAACAACACAUAUUGACAUUGACUGCUUCUUUUUAGGGAAAAACUUGUGCAAGGAAUGA